CGUGAAAUGACAUCCUUUCCACCCGUGCCUGCGAUGUGCUCGCAUGAGCCAGCAGAAGAGCAGGUCCUGGCAUACCUCGCCAAGCUGCCGCCGGAAAAGGCGGCCGCGCUACUUGCCAAGGCGCAGGCAGAGGUGGUGCCCAAGGCGGAGGCCAAGGCGGAGGCCAAGGACGUUAAGGCGACCCCCGACCCCGUCCAAGCAGCAGCGGAUGCUAUGCGAAGCUUGGCCGCAGGCGACUUCGCGGCCGCUCGCCAGCAUUGCCAAGAGGCGGACCUCUCCUACCUUGGAGAGGAGGGCUGGAGCUGCCUCCACUGGGUGGUGCAUGCUGCUGGCGCAGCCCUGGCCGCCAAGGCGGAGGAGCCGGAGGUGGGCUGCGGCUGCUGUCAUUCUGCGGCAGAGCAAACUCGAGACCCAGCGCUGAGCUUGCUGCGGGAGCUGCUGAGCAGACCGGGCCUGCAGGUGGACCUGCGCAGCGCCCAGGGCGCCACGGCCCUGAUGUUCGCCGCCGACGCCGGAGACGUCGCGGCCUGCGCUGCGUUGCUGGCGGCGGGGGCCGACGUGAAGGCGACGGAUGAUGAUGGCGAUGAUGCGGCAGCCUGGGCGCGGGCAAGAGGCCACGCCAGCGUGCUAAGUCAGCUGGAAAGCCGGGCGACCCCGAGCAAAGAUGAACAGGAGCGCUCCUGCAAGACCGGCAAGGCGCAGGCUCGCAACGACAACCUGGCCAACAAUCUGCACGCCCGUUUGAAAGUCCCGCACGUGGCAAGCAUUUGCCCCCCCUGGCGGCUGUUGCCUCCACAGGCCUUCAUGUUGAGAG